GGAUCUGAGAUCUGACUGUGCAAGCGGUGCAGGGCAGUGCGGCCGGGGGCGGCGGGACUGCAUCCUGGGGCAGCUGGCGCCCGGGACACGCGCUGACUCGAUCCGGGGAAGGAGUAAAAUUAGCAUGUUCUCCAGUCACUAUUUGGCUCAUGACUCAAUGUCACUAUAAAAAUCAUCUUAGCCGCUUCAUAGGCCCAGCUUCUUCUAGGAUACAUCGAUGUGGAACAUUUCAACUUGUCUAAUGCAGGAGACUCCAAAUGAAAUCACUAUCAACAUUUUCAAAGUCCCUGCUAUGUGGAUAUUUGUUAGCAAUGACUGAUGUGGAAACUACAUAUGCAGACUUUAUUGCUUCUGGAAGAACAGGUAGAAGAAAUGCAAUACAUGAUAUCCUGGUUUCCUCUGCAAGUGGCAACAGCAAUGAAUUAGCCUUGAAAUUAGCAGGUCUUGACAUCAACAAGACAGAAGGUGAAGAUGAUGAACAGAGAAAUUCAACAGAGCAAAGUGGGGAAGCCCAGGGAGAAGCAGCAAAAUCUGAAAGCUAACACCCAGCUUUGACCUUCAACACCUGACAAUGUUGCAAAUCUCCAGGCAUUGCUGGAAUGCAUUUGUUUCCAUGCUUGGAAAGGGGAAAAAGAAAAUGGCUGUGCUGCAAUGCAGAGAGCUUCCCAUUAUCAUGUCAAUAAUGGGAGCCGAGGCUGUGGUUGCAGACAGACCUUUCUCUACCUCUGCCAUGAGCAAUGGUUGAAAUCGUGCGGCUUGUGUUUGGAUCUCAUUUUUGUGUGGAUCCUUUCAUUUGACCAUAUGAUGAAAUGCUUGUAGAGAGUAGCACUGAUCUAGAUGGUGAUUCCUGUAGCAUUUGGCCCCUCACACUGUCAGAGGAUUUAAUUGUGUCUAUUUGCAAAGGGUUGGUUGAACCCCAGAGUUUAAAUAUCUCUGGCUGAAGUAUUCACCUAGUAAAAUAACCCUCCAGAAAACACCGUUUUUAGCACUUUUAGCAUUAUGUAUGUGUGUGUUACUGCUGUGUAUUUACACACUGUUUUGUAUUGUACAAUAGAGCUACUCAGCACUGCCCCCUUCUUUGAUUGCUUAUCAAAAACAAAAUGAUAUACAUUAACUGUGAAUUUUUAUACCACUCAUUUUUUAAAGGGCUGCCUUUCGUUUUUGUUUUUGUUUUUUAAGUUUCCAUAGUGUGGUGGUGUGCACAGAACACACUUUUUAAAAGCAUAAUCUUUCCUCUUGGUAAUUAUAUGUCCAUGAACUGAUAAAGUCUACAGAUUCAUUGAAGCUUAUUAUGCAGGCAUUUAAAAAUAUUAAUUUAUGUGAGUAUUACUUGGAUUCAAUCUGUUUAGUGUCUGCUCAGACCAGAAUUCAAUCUAUCAAUUUGUUUUAUUCUUAAAAUACGAAACCUCUUCCAAAUAAAGAGUCGAUUUUCUCACAAUUCUGUAUGCUACUAUUUAAAUCUAUAGCACAAUAUUUCCACCAGGCUGAAAGGGAUAGAGACUAUGAUUUCCUUACAAACAUGUGGAUGCCAAUCACAAAAUUUAAGAUCUCAUUUUAUGUUUUUCAUGUCUUUUUUUAUCAGCCCUAUCAGAUCCAAAUGCUAUUAUGCACUUUUUAAUGUUUGUAAACUUUUACAACUUUUAUGUGAAUUGCAUUCUGAUAUAAUAAUUAUCACCAUUAGAAGCUAGCAGAUUUUCACUGAUACUGUUGAUGGCCUAUGCUGUAUUUUAACACCAUGGUUCUUUAAAAGAGUAUCUGUGAACUGUGUAAACCUUCUGGCAGUAUUAUGCAAUCAUUCAACAGUGGUAAUAAAUAAGGAACCAGAAUAUGUAAAUGGUUCAUGAGUUACUGAACAGACAACAAGAAGUCUCCUUAUGGGCUGGGGAUAUGGCCUAGUGGCAAGAGUGCCUGCCUCGGAUACA